CCCCACACACCUGCACCAGGUAGUCAGACCAACCUCAGCUACGCAGGGUUAAAGUCUUCAGCAGUAAAAUUCUCCUGUUAAAAAUUCUCAGCCUUAGAUCAAGUAAUAGUGUUUAGUUCAAGUGAGUACAGUACUGGAAACUAAUUCUCGGCAUUAUUCUGAAAAUUCUAAGCCAUUUUGAGCAUUUACGUGACCAUGACGUUGUAGAAAAUAUUGAUAAAUUCUACAGAUAAUAAUAUUUUAGCAUUUAAGUGAAUAAAGCUUUAAAAAUACUACCUCUUUAUACUGUGGAAAAUUCUCAGCAUUUAUUAUCGUUUCUGAGUGCCGAAAUGAGUAUUGAGUGCAAGAAAAUACUGUAGACAAUUCCCAGAGUUACUACAGAAUUUUGCGUCACACCGUCACUGUCCAUCCCCAGCGUCACGUCGUCACUGUCCAUCCCCAGCGUAACGUCGUCACACCGUCACUGUCCAUCCCCAGCGUAACGUCGUCACCCCGUCACUGUCCAUCUCCAGCGUCACGUCGUCACUGUCUCUCGUGGUGACAGAGGAGCGUCACCAUGACCGUCUCGUACACGUCACAAGUGUCUGACUGCCGUGGGUUUGGUUCCUUCUGGCGCCUACUGUUCAGGUGGAAGGGCAGCAUCUAUAAGCUAGUGUGGCCAGAUACAGUCGUCUACUGCAUGUUGUACUUCUUAUGUUCGCUGGUGUACAGGUUCGCCCUCAACGAAGAUCAGAGGAGGACCUUCGAGCACCUCUCCCUCUACUGCGACUACUUCAGGAACCUCAUCCCCAUCUCCUUCGUGCUGGGGUUCUACGUUACAGUGGUGGUACAGCGGUGGUGGGAACAGUAUCUCUGUAUCCCCUGGCCCGACGAUUUUGCCAUGGUCUGCGCGUCAUACAUAAGAGGAAAGCAAGGGACACCACGAGCACUUAGGGCGACUCUCAUACGGUAUGUGAACCUGGCUAGUCUCCUCACCUUUGCCAAGAUCUCCCCAAAGGUGCAAAAGAAGUUCCCAACCUAUAAGGAGAUUCUAGAAGCUGGAUACCUCACAGCCCACGAGAUGCGCAUCCUAGAGCAGCAGAAGGGGAGGACAAGCGUGCCCCUGGUGCUACUGCCGAUAAUGUGGUCGUGUAAGAUGGUAGAGAGUGCCACGACCUCUGGCUACGUCAGGGACAACUUCGGCUUAAAAUUCCUGCUGGAGGAGUUGAUUAAGUUGAGAAACAUGAACGGGAUGUUGCUCAGGUGGAACGACAUGAGCAUCCCUCUCGUCUACACGCAGGUGGUGACGAUGGCCGUGUACUCCUUCUUCUUCUUCUCAGUGUUGGGGCGACAGUUCCUGGACCCCCAACAGAAGUACACCAACAGGACCAUCGACUUCUUCAUCCCUAUCUUCACCCUGUUGCAGUUCUUCUUCUACAUGGGCUGGCUCAAGGUGGCCGAGUCGCUCGUCAAUCCCUUCGGUGAGGACGACGAUGACUUUGACCUUGACCUAAUACUCGAGCGUCACCUCAAGAUGUCUUACCUGAUGGGGGACGUGACGCCUAGUGAGGACCCCCUGAGCUUCGAUGACAGCAGCUUCGACAAGGCCAUCCCUGGACUCGUACCUGGGGCCAUGGAUGACCUGGGCCGCCUACAUGACCUGGGGAGGGAUGAACUGAACAGGGCUAAUCAUCAUCGAGGUGACCUGGGGCGUGAGGACCUGAAUAAGAUGAAAAAUAACUGCCGGAGUGACCAUGGGAGGGACGAGCAUGACCAGCGGAGGGGCAUGCACUUCCAGGGUAACUUAGGAUGGAGAGACAAAGGGAGGAGUGACCUGAAGCCGAGUAACCUGGGAGGGAUGCCAGCCGAGUGCUCCAGGUCGGCUGGGAGUGACCUGGACACAGUCAUCAUGUCUCCUGAUCCACCACAACAAGACAAGUUUAACUUCGUGUGGGAGGAGAUGGACCUCAGUGCUCCACAUGACUCCCCGAAGAAAACCAGAGACCUCGCCAACACACUUAAUGAUCCACACACAGGGUCAGGUAUAAGGGGCGAAGAAGUCGAAUUGGGCACUUCAUAUCAGGUCCACACCAAUCAGGGUCGUACCAGUCCAUAUCUUGCCAAUCAGGAUCAUGGCCACCAGACCCACGGAAAUCAGGGUCAUGCCAAUGCUAAUCAGGGUCGUGUCAGUCCCUACCCUAUUAAUAAUCAGGGACUUGGAAAUCAGGAACAUUCCACUCUACGCUCUGUGAGUCCAUAUCUUGGCAAUCAGGACCAUGACAACCAGAGUCAUGGAAAUCAGAUCAGUACCAACCCGGCCAUUACAAACGCCAAUCAUACCGCCCAAAGCUACGGAAAUCAGAGUAACGGAAAUCAAGUUCAGUCCAACAUGGUUAUUGCCAAUCAGGGGAACGGAAAUCAGGUACUGAGUAGCAGACAGCGACAACAAAAUACCCGAGAGAGUGAAAGCAACGUAGAUGGAAUUGAAAACCCAAUGUAUACGGAGUGACGUAAACAGGAACUGGAAGACUGUAUAAACAAACUAUGGAGCUGCUUAAUGACUCACUAGGAGGCUCAAACAACCACCAAGUGCCUAUAAGUGCCUCACAGGUGACAUACUGACAGUGCCAAGUGCUUAUAAGUGCCUCACAGGUGACAUACUGACAGUGCCAAGUGCUUAUAAGUGCCCCACAGGUGACAUACUGACAGUGCCAAGUGCUUAUAAGUGCCUCACAGGUGACAUAUUGACAGUGCCAAAUGACACCACACACUUACAAAUUACGAAUUCAAGUACUACACCUCGUUAAAUGAUCUUAAGUGGAUUAUGAUGUUAUAAGUGCCUUCAAUUGCCUGAGUUAUUCGAUGAAGGGGUUGUAACGGGCUGGACUGAUUAGUAGUGCCUGUCAGCCCAGCCGUGAGCUGAUUAGGUGACGGGUAAGUGAUCCAUAUGCCCGGUAGAGAAGGUAAUAUUUUAACUGGAAAAUACAGUACUUGGACAUAUAUUUGUGAGGUGCUGCUUGGCCCCACCUUCCUGCUGGUCAUCAGUGUACCAGCAUUAGUGACCAAUGUCAGGCGCAGGUAAUUUAUCUCUACAUUAAGCCACCAACCUCUGCCUCUAGUCAGUCAAGUUGUCCACAUGUCAGAGGCGCCACCAAGCUGACAGGCUGUAGACGUGAGGUGACAGCUGUUAUGACCUCACAUGACCUCACAUUGACACCAUUAAGUGAUGUGUGUGUUGAUAAUGUUGAUACAAACAAUAAAUAUGUUUUGUGAU